AUGGUGCAGCCCGGUGGCCGCUCUACGACUCCUCGCCUUGCGACAAACCGAAGGCGCGCUCCAGAGUCCGCAAGCAAGCUACUGGCAGGGUGUAGUCUGCGCAGCCUGCAGCGGAGAGGAGGAGCUACGCCCGACAGAGCGCACCCGCCCGGUCCUGCCUUUCGGCGCGCGUCCCGCGUUACCCAGGUAACGGAGCCCGGGGUGCGCCGAGAGCUGCGCGCGCCGCCGGGGGUGGGGGUGGGGCGGCGGCUAGGUGGAGUGUGCGCAGAAGCCAGGCGUGGGGCUGGACUGCUCUGGGGCCAAAAAGAUUUUCCUCGCCGUUAUCUCCCCGUCGAGGUCCAGCUAGUCUUGCAAGUGCUAUCACCUUUCAGGCCGGCUGUAAUUCAGGCCGGACCCUGGGAUCCAGUAUCCCUACUUGCGCUGGUCUCGGGGAGCAGACCCUCCACAGGUUCUCCUGCGCUGUGUAUCUGGGAGCUAGUGCAGCCUCCCAGGCAGGCACUCAUGCUCAAAACCAAAGACUGCCUCGCGAACAUCAGACAGCAGGUCUCAACUCCUCUAACACUUGCUGCACACUUGCCACACCAAACCAAUCUGACGUUCAAGCCUCAGUUGAAAGCUCCCACCGUCAUCCUGCCCCAACUCUUGGACUGUGAUGGAGGUAGGAAGAAUACAUUUGCUAACAGUACGUUGUUUAGCAGAGUAAGCGGGUUGGGCUUGGUACUUAGAGGUGGACAGCUUUGUUAGUGCCUCAAAUGGUCGUUAA